AUGGAUAGACUUCUUCUUCUUUCUUUGUUCUCAGCUCUUAUUCUCGCAACCAUCGUUACAGAAUCAGAAGCUUUCUCAAAAACAGUCAAGGCACCACAUCGGAUGCAUAGGCCAAAGAAGCUAACCCACCUCCACUUCUACUUCCACGACAUUGUCACCGCAGACAAACCAACCGCCGUCAUAGUCGCUACGGCUCCGACCACAAACUCCUCUAUGUCCGCUUUCGGUAUGGUUGUAGUCAUCGACGACCCGUUGACUGUUGGGCCCGAAGUCACCUCGGAGGAAGUUGGGAGAGCCCAAGGAAUGUACUCAUCGGCUGACCAGAAAACGUUUGGUCUGCUUAUGAAUAUUAACUUUGUGUUCACGAAGGGUGAGUUUUCAGGCAGCACCGUCGCGAUGUAUGGUCGGAAUCCGACAAUGUCGAAGGUGAGAGAGAUACCGAUCAUCGGAGGCACGGGAGCUUUCAGGUUCGGAAGAGGAUAUGCAGAAGCCAGGACUGUUGUGUUCGAUACUACUAAUGGAAACGCUGUCGUUGAGUAUAAUGUCUAUAUUUGGCAUUAA